CAUUUAUUCAUGUUAUUAAAUUUGUUUCCGCUUCCGGUAUCGUUCUUUCCGGUUUGGGCCCUCCAUAAGCCAUCAUGAAGGUCGAGUUGUGCAGUUUCAGCGGGUAUAAGAUUUACCCCGGCCAUGGUCGCCGAUACGCUAGGAUAGACGGAAAGGUGUUUCAAUUUCUGAAUGCAAAAUGCGAGUCUGCCUUCCUGGCGAAAAGGAACCCCAGACAGAUCAACUGGACUGUGCUGUACAGACGUAAGCACAAGAAGGGACAGUCUGAAGAAGUCACGAAGAAGCGCACCCGCCGUGCAGUGAAGUUCCAGAGGGCCAUUACUGGCGCCUCCCUGGCUGAGAUUAUGGCGAAGAGGAACCAGAAACCCGAGGUCCGCAAGGCCCAAAGGGAGCAGGCCAUCAGAGCUGCCAAGGAGGCCAAGAAGGCGAAGCAGGCAGCUAAGAAGCCUGCUACUGCAGCUGCAAAGUCGUCUGCUAAGGCUGCACAGAAACCCAAGAUCGCCAAGCCCAUGAAAGUCAGCGCACCCCGUGUUGGUGGAAAACGCUAGACUGAAAUAUUGUUAAUAAAAAACAUUAAAUACUG